GCUGGAAACUAUCCAAAAAUGAGCAACACAGGUGCAGGAACAUCUGCAAUUAGCACAGCCAAGACACAGUUGGUUUAUAAUGCUAGGGAGUCAGUUCAAGAGCCAGGUCGUGCUGCAUUAUUGGACACAAAAUGCGAAGAACCAUUGGAAUUUGGAAAAGAUGAUAUCGCAUCGCCAACCCAACAGCGCUCUAACCCCCACCUACACACAUUUUUCAACUCUCUUCAGCAACCCGUAAAAAAAAUAAACAGCACAGGAACAAAAAAAAAUAAAAACUGUACUCCUUUCACGAAUGCCACUAUGGUUCCCUCUGAAUCAGGACCUCUUGAUGACAUACUAAAGGUAAUAAGUUUUGUGAAAGCCACAUCCAGCAUUCACAGGAACCCUUCAAAUGUGUUAAAACAACCUUUCUUAGAUAAUCCAGAACUAAUGGCAUUAUAUAAAUCACUGCCUUGGUUUCAAGAAGGAAUGUCACAGCAAGCCCGCAAACUUGAAUAUGAAGUAAUUGAACAAAAACUAAGAGAACUAUAUAUAAAAGCACAAGAGGAAGAAUACUCUAAAAGAACUUCAAGUCUGGCCUUGCCAUACAGUCGUCCAGAUGCAUACCUGAAUUGCAGAUAUCUGCAUUUGUCAAAAAAUAAUAUAGCUAAUUUGGUGCAAUGGUGCAAGGAUUUAAAUAUUGCCACAGAUAUCCACCCACAUAUGACUAUGUCCGAAAUCGACAUAAAAACUGUUAUGUCAUCUGGAAAAAAUGAUUCCAAACCACAGUAAGAGCUGUUUUGUGUCUUCUCUCAUUUGUUAUCUGAAAUUGCAAUGAGAGUAAGAAAACUAAGCUAACCAUGGAAAUUAAUUGAUGUACUGAUAUAGAUAUUUGCACAAUGGACCAGUUCGACUAAGUAAAGUAAAUAAAGG